UUACGCGAAACUGCGGGUGAGAGUUGAAGGGUCGUGUUUUCAUGUUCAACAGUAAACAUGGCGGAGACUGAGCAGUCGUCAGGCUCCUCCCACGAGGAUGACAAGCCUCCCAGUACUGUCAAUUUCAACUUCAUAGUGCCAAAGAAGGAGAUCAGCAUGGUGCCUGAUAUGGGAAAAUGGAAAAGAUCACAGGCGUACGCAGACUACAUGGGAUUCAUUCUGACCUUGAAUGAGGGUGUGAAGGGAAAGAAAUUUACAUGUGAAUACCAAGUGUCUGAGACAGUGGAGAAGUUGCUUGCGAUGUUGGGAACAUUAGAUCGCUGGAUUGAUGAGACGCCACCUGUAGACCAGCCCUCUCGCUUCGGCAAUAAAGCUUACCGCUCAUGGUAUGCCAAACUGGAGCAGGACGCAGAGACACUGGUCAUGGCCAUUCUGCCGUCAGACCGUCAUGAUGCUGCUCCAGAGAUAGCCGUGUACCUAAAGGAGUCUGUUGGCAACUCCACCAGGAUUGACUAUGGCACAGGUCAUGAGGCUGCAUUUGCUGCGUUCCUCUGCUGUCUUUGCAAGGUGGGAGCUCUGCGCAUGGAGGACCAGCUGGCCAUCAUAUUUAAAGUUUUUGACAAGUAUCUGCUAGUGAUGCGCAAACUGCAGAAGACGUAUAGGAUGGAGCCGGCUGGGAGUCAGGGUGUGUGGGGCCUUGACGACUUUCAGUUUCUCCCCUUCAUAUGGGGGAGCGCACAGCUCAUAGACCACCCAACCCUGGAGCCCCGACACUUUUUGGAGGAGAAGGCCGUAAACGAGUACCACCAAGACUACAUGUUUUUGGAGUGCAUUAAAUUCAUAAAUGAGAUGAAAACAGGCCCUUUUGCCGAGCACUCAAAUCAGCUUUGGAACAUCAGCGCUGUUCCUUCUUGGUCCAAAGUCAAUCAAGGUCUCAUACGAAUGUAUAAAGCAGAAUGUCUAGAAAAAUUCCCUGUCAUCCAGCAUUUCAAGUUUGGCAGCCUGCUCUCCAUCCAGCCAGUUAAACCAUGAGAGACAACAAGAAUUCGCACCUUGUCAGAGAGUACAACCAAAACUCUGUCUAUGGACGAA